AUGUUUCUCUUGCACAGUACAAUUCUGAUCACUGCUUUGGGUGCACUCGGCGCCGCAACAGUAGAUGCUCCCACUCCUACGAUAAAAAAGGCUUACGGCACCUUCCUGGGAACUCCUGCCAUCGAAGGCGUCGACUCCUUUUUAGGGAUUCGCUACGCUCAGCCACCUCUGGAUGAUUUACGGUUUCAACCACCGCAGCCGCUCAAUGAGACUAAACCAUAUCACACAGAACCCAAUGGAACCAUCUUUGCAAACAGUUUCGGUCCAGGAUGUUAUCAAAUUCAUUACACAAGUCUCAUCAUGCCGCAGAACCUGCAAGGGAGUAUGAUCCCAGACGAAGACUGUUUGUUUUUGAAUAUAUGGCGGCCAUCGAAUGUCACCGGGGACGAUGCCAUCCCAGUCAUGAUCUGGCUAUAUGGUGGAUCUUUCUCGGAAGGAGAUGCUUCUGUUGCCGUGUACAACCCGGAGAUUCUCGUUCAGCAAAAUCCUUCCGUCAUGGUUGUCACAUUCAACUACCGUCUUGGUAUAUUUGGAUUCCCCAAUUCGAAAGCCCGUCGCGGUAACCUUGGGUUGUUGGACCAACGAAUGGCGGUUGAAUGGGUUCGUGACAAUAUACGAGCCUUCGGCGGUGAUCCCGACCAAAUGGUCCUUUUUGGCGAGUCAGCGGGUGCUGUAUCGAUUUCAGCGUAUUCAUACACAUACAAAGACGAUCCUAUCGUGCGUGGACUGAUCCAGCAAAGCGGCGUGGCACAAGGUAUCGGGGAUGCUGAUCCGCUCAUGUGGACAUUGGCAGCCAUAAACGUGGGAUGCAACAAUACAGACGACCCGUCAAAAGAACUCAGCUGCAUGAUGCAACUUCCAGCGGAGACCAUCAUCAAAGGUAUUUCACCGAGCAAUGUGAACCCAAUUGGUUCAGCUAAUGGCGGAUCGCCGUUUGUGGACAAUAACACGGUCUUUUCAGCCGAAGGGUAUAUCGCAAAGGCGGAAAGAGGAGAUUUUGCCAAAAUCCCUGUCCUGCUCGGGAGUAAUGACGACGAAGGCAACGGUGUGGUCAACUUCUCAGGCGAGUUUGGGUUGAAUGAGUCUCUGGCGGAUGCAAUUACCGUGUCCAAGUUCACCUGCCCGGUCGCGAUGUUAGCAAGGCAACUCCACGACAACCAAGUCCCAGUCUGGCGUUAUCGUUACAUGCCAGUGUUCCCAGCCGUGACAUUCUACCCCUUUUCUGAAACGUAUCAUCUUUCGGAGGUCCCUAUCAUUCUCGGAUCGUUUCGAAAGCUGGUACCUUACCAAACUCCCACCAAAGUCGAACUCCAGGCGAGUCAACUAAUGCAAAAGGCCUGGGUUAGCUUCGCUCAUGAUCCUCGUUACGGAUUGUCAAGGUGGAUGGAGUGGCCCAUGUACAAUCCAGAUGAACCAACCCUCAUAACUCUCUUUCAGGAUAACAAAUUCCAAGUGAAGACUACUGAUCAAAACGUUUAUGAUCGCGCCUGCACCAAUCCCCCAUCUGUCUCUUGGGAGGAUGUGGCGGCUCCACCUCCAGGACCUACAUCGUGA